CAAGAGGGCUCAUUCUCACCCAUAAGCCGUACAACAAUGUUGGACGAUGUGCAUAUCCAGUGCUUUCUAGCCACGCAGCCAUGCAGCCGGUAUCCAGGAGCGAGGAAGCUGCCUGGUCAUGGCUUUCUUUGCAGCCCGAGGUUGCAGCUCUCCUAGAUUUGGCUGAAGCUGGGGAAGAGGAGAAAGCGAAAGAUCAGCUGGCGCAGGUCGUGAAGACCAUCCUUUUUCCCGAGCCAAGGAUCGAGCCUCCAACCAAGUUCCGUCGAGUAGAGCCUGCAAGCGAAGAUGCACCCUUACAGAUCGACAAGGCAGCCAGAUGUGUUUGCAUCGUAUUCUCUGGUAUGCGAGGGGCUGGCAAAACAACCCUGUGCACGCUAUUGCAGAAGGUAAUGGGUGGUGUUCACCUUCACUAUGAUGAGAUUAUCAGCGGAUCAGAGCGGGGCACAUACCAGAAAGUCUUCCGAAGGGCUUUAUUGCGUGCCCUGACUGAAAAGCUGAAGCGAACGAGCGCAAGGCGUUCCCAAGGCUCUGACCCCGCAGCAGAAGAGCUUCAGGACCGGUCGAUGGGGGAGACACCCGACAAGCUUGCAAUGAGAGUCGCUUACGUUGACAGGACCAACAUCCUGAAAAACCAACGCGAAGACAUCACAGCAGUGUUGCAACGGCUGCAGUGGAAGAAGCGCGACUGCAGGACUUUGCUGGUGGACUUUCGCCAUAGUACGGAUGUGUUUGGCCAUGGCGCGGAUGGUCAAUUUUCCAAGCGCUUCGGAAAAAGUCACAUUGCUUUGUGCACCGACCGUAUUGAGGGUCGAGGUGUUGCGCACCAUGCGCUUCGUCCCUCAGCAAAGCUUCCACAUGUUCUACAAAAGGAGGCUUGUGCUGCACAACCUUUGAGCCCAGAAGAGCUGCAACAUGUUGAUUCUCAGCUCACCCUGGAUGUGGCAGACAGCCCAGUACAAAACACGUUGACUGUGGUUGAGGAGCUGAAAAGGCUUGGCUGGCUGACGCUGGCGAUGGAUCCCAGGGCGCUUGCCUUGAAGGUGGAAUUGGAGUGGCAGGUCUACAAUAAAGCUCAAGCGGCUUGGCGUUUGCAAGCUUCUGAUGGCAAAGAGAGACAUGAGUGGCUGGAACAGUGCCGACAAGCUGCUCAAGAGCAAAAGGCUGCUGGUGAGGCAGCCGAGGCAAUCCGCCAAGCGAAGAGGGCCACAUGGCGCUUUGACAUCCCUGAGGUCCGGCAAGUCUUGAUGGAAAAGAGCAUUCUGCCUAGUGGCUUCGAGACUGCAUCCCACACAAUGGUAGACCUAUUGACACUCCCAGAUGAAAACGAAGGGGCAGCCAAGGAGAAGCUGGAGGCAAUGAUUGACGCUUUAGAGGCGCUGCAUGGAGAAUCAUUGGAAGUGCGAAUGACAAAGAUCUUCAUCUCAGAGACAACGGCGUGUGCCUUGGUGGCCCUGCCACCUGUGCUGGCAGACAUGGGGAAGGUGCCGCAUGUCUUCCUUGGCAAGCGCCGAGGGGCUACUGCGGCUUCUAUAGAAGAGCUCUUAAAGGAGGCUGAGGAUGGUAAAGUGACCUGCAUACCAGUGCAAGACCCUCGACCCAUGACAGGCCGUGUGGUACUGGAGAGUGGGCCAUGAAGACAGCACCAGGAUGCCGCAGUCAGCAGCGAGCCUCCAAGACGGAGGCCCAGGCUGUUAUCAUCGUCACGCUACUGGUGAGAAAGCAG